AUGACAGCGUUCGAGGCAACCGAUCCAUUCAACAAUGGCACCAUGGCCACUGCAACUGAGCCAUCCACUCCAGCGCCCGUUCCAUAUGACCUAUACAGUGUGACUCAGUACCCUUGGUGGUGCUUGAACUAUUUCAUUAUCUUUUGGUUCCUUUCUAACCUGGUGCAAACAUUGCUUCUACGUGCUCCAAGCAAGAAAAUCCGUGACCAAUUUGAAAGCUUGGACCAAGAUAAGAGAAACAAUGCCAUCAUCUAUGUCAUGCAGCUUGUUGGUACCUCAAUUGCAUUUGUAGCCCAGCUCUAUGGAUCCACGGACAUCAUCUUCAAAUGGCAAGAAACCACUUCCCAAUCAAAGUUGAACAGCCUCCAGUUUGCUCUUACACUUGUGGCAAUCUUGUAUAUCUGGGAGCUCAUCUUCCGCAAGAAGAUUGGGCUGCCUCUUCUGGUUCAUCAUCUUGUCACCAUCCUCCUCAUCCAACUGACCGCAGCUUCCUUCUUCGACACACAUGAUAUCAAGUACAUUCGAUACUCUACCUUGAUGGGCUUCCAUGCAACCUUUGAGCAGCUGACCUUCCUUGCACUCUUCUUCUUCCGGCUCAACAUCUAUGAAAACUGGCAGGCCUUUUGGUUCUUCCUCUCAGCUGCUCAGUCUCUAUUGUUCAAGACAUUUGUCACUCUUGUGGGUGUUGUCUACUUCUGUUCCAUGAUCCAUACAGGCAGGCUCACCACAAGCACCAAGUGGGGAAUCUUUUGGACAAUCUUCACUCUCCCCCUUCUUGCCUUGCUGUUUUCAGCUCAAGUCUAUGCCUGCCUGAUCUUGUACAAACUUGGCAAGCGCUGUCAAGUCAUGGAUAAUUUUGAUAGCAUGGAGAAGUCUGUCACAAUGGAGGAUGAAGAUGCCAUGGAUGCUGAGUUACCCAUGACCAAAGCACUCUUCCGAGAGGAGAGCGAAAUGUUUUUGGGUGACUAUGAGACGAACCAACAGAGCUUGAGUCCAUCAUCAAACCACACGCGAUCAAGCAUCCUCCUAGACUCUUGGCAUGGGCCACGAUCCCGCAGACAACGAUCUAUCUGCGUUGGAUCAAUGGCUACAAGUCGUGAGCUUUGCCUCCCCAGUAACAGCUUUCAUCUCGAGCCAACCGCCGAAGAAGACUUGGAGGUAGAAUUGGGGCUAGAAUCAGAAGUCACUCAAACUGGGCUAGAAGAAGCAGAAGCCACUCUAACGGCAUAA